UUUCCUUUUAAACAUAUGCACUAAGUAAGAAAGAUAAGAAACGUGACACGCGUUAUCAUUUUUAUUCAUUCAUUUUCCAUUCACCAUGGCGCCCACUCUGUAUAUGAUGCCUCCAAGUCCCCCAGUACGAGCUGUUCUCAUGACUGCAAAAUCAAUCGGUCUUGACCUAGAGCUCAAACAAUUAAACCUUCGUAGAGGUGACCACAAAACACCUGAAUAUCUUAAGCUAAACCCCCAACACACCGUCCCCACUUUGGUCGAUGAUGAUGGUUUUGUCCUAUGGGACAGCCAUGCAAUUAUGGUUUAUCUCCUCUCAAAAUACGCCAAAGACGAUUCUCUGUACCCACAAGACUUGAGAAAGAGGGCGGUUAUUGAUCAAAGGAUGCACUUUGAUAGUGGUGUUGCUUUUGCCGUGUUCUUAAGAAUUUUGUAUCCACUAAUCUAUGGUGAGAAGAAAACAAUCACUUCUGAAGAUACGAAAGCAGCUGAGGAAGUUUAUUCCUUCUUGGAAGCUUUUCUUGAAGGAAGGCAAUGGUUAACUGGCGAUUUUGUCACAAUUGCUGAUUACAGUUUGAUUGCCACGACUAGUUCUCUUAAUGUUUUGGUGAAAAUUGAUCCUGUUAAGUACCCAAAGCUAACCGCUUGGGUGAAAAAUGUUGAAAAACUGCCGGCCUAUGAGGCGAAUAAGCCAGGACUUGAAAAAUUCAUUGGCUACGUUAAGUCAAUAUUAAUGUGCAAAAUACCAAUUGGAAUGGAAAAUAAGGCAUACAUUUUUACAAGAAACAAAAGAAUCUUCAUUCAUUUUUCAUUUGCAAUGGCGCCCGUACUUUAUGUCACACAUCUGACGCCGCCAGUCCGAGCUGUUCUAAUGACCGCCAAAACAAUAGAUCUAGAUCUCGAACUCAAAAAAUUAAAUGUGGAAAAACGUGAACACAAAAACUCCGAAUUUCUCAAGUUAAAUCCUCAACACACCGUCCCCACUUUAGUCGACAAUGAUUUUGUCCUAUGGGACAGUCACGCAAUUAUGGCUUAUCUCGUCUCCAAAUACGCCAAAGACGACUCUCUUUACCCGAACGACUUGAAACAGAGAGCCAUCGUGAACCAAAGAAUGCAUUUUGAAAAUGGGGUCGCAUUUCCCGAGUUGUUAAAAAUUUUGUAUCCAAUAAUCCAUGACGGGAAAAAAACAAUCACACAAGAAGACGAAAUCGCAGCUGAUGAAGUUUAUUCCUUCCUGGAGGCUUUUCUCGACGGAAAACAGUGGAUAACGGGCGAUUCUGUCACGAUUGCUGACUAUAGUUUAAUAACUACAAUCACAGCCUUGAAUGUUUUGGUAAAAAUUGACCAUGUUGUGUUCCCAAACCUGAACACUUGGAUGAAAAAACUCGAACAACUGCCGGUUUAUGAGGCAAAUAGGAAAGGACUGGACAGUUACACCACUCACGUUAAAUUGUUGUUACGCUGAGCGUUUUGUAUUUUUUGUAUUUCUUUAAUUUUCGUUUAAUUUACUUAUUAAUUGUUA